UACCGUAGCUCGUGAAGCGUUCCGAGAACAUUUUAUUUUAUACCGAUUAUUUUGACAGUGUUCUUGAGUUUCAAGCCAACCUCAAUCAUGUCUCUCUAUGAAAAUAACAACAUGCUGCCUGCGGUAGGAAUGCUGGGAUCAGGGGAACCAAAACAUGAGAUGGGAACAUCAGAAACGUCGGAGGAAGCCAAUAUGUCUCCUGUUUACAAUGUGCAGGCGUUCUACGAUCCACUUCGGUACAUGUAUAAUCCGGGUGCCGUUGCUGAAGAUCAUCCCCCUAUGCCCAUCCAAUUACCAACCGAAGGAGUACCCACUGAACCCAACGAACUUUUGCGCCUAAACAACGACCGGCGAAACGUACCCAACAAACGAGUCCGAACCCAGUACUCCUCAACUCAGCUGGUCGAACUAGAGAAAGAGUUUAUAAAGAGCCGGUACCUGUGCCGUCCGCGUCGAAUCAACCUAGCCCAAUCCCUUGCACUCACCGAGAAACAGAUCAAGGUAUGGUUCCAGAACCGCAGGAUGAAGUUCAAGAAGGAGACUAAAGCCAGAUCCCCCGAAGGACUAAAUGGAAGAGCUUCAGCGGAUAGUUCGUCCUCGCGAGGAUCGUCCCCGCCGAGACCCAGAUCCGCCGAGAGAAGUAUGGUAGUAAAUCGAUUGAUGAACCAUUCGGUUUUGAACAACUUACCUUACAACUACGGUACUGCUCCGACUUGUCCGCCAGUCCAGCCAGUCGAAGCAGGAUUGGGAGCGUCUCAUUGGAACGGAGGCAUGUUCGAUCACCAGUUUCAGCCGGUGUAUCCUCCUUUUCCUGUUGAAGCUGAGUACCCGAACUUUCCGUUUUCGAGUAGUUAUCCGCAACAGUUGUACCAAGGAGCGGCUCCGGCGCCGGCGCCCCCGGCAUGCGUGCAGGCUUCAACCAGCGGGAUGCUCUACGGUGCGCAAGAGUUGGUGCCUAAUCCCCCGAGAUAUGUCACUCCGGAAAGCGGGCAGGAAAGUACGUCUCCGCCGGUGUUGCACGAAGAAAGUUAUUUUGCUGCAACUGGAUAUACCCAGUUGUAGAUGGCACAACUUAGGUUGAACUGCAAAUAUGGACAAAUACUUUUUUAUU